AUGCACCGAGGUGAGUGGAUCGGUGGUUGGCGCAUGCAUCAUCCCCCUCCUGCCUUUCCCCCCCUCCUCCCUUUCUCCCCCUCCCCAUUCCCCAUCCUUCUCAUCAUCUCUUCCCCUGCACAUUCAACCCUCAACUCGCAGGUGGCACAGGUGGGAAUGGACCACUUUCUGACCAAGCCGGUGCGGACGAGCGAGCUGGACGGGCUGCUGCAGCAGGUGGGCAUGGAUCACUUUCUGACCAAGCGGGAGCGGUCGAGUGAGCUGGACGGGCUGCUGCAGCAGGUGGGAAUGGACCACUUUCUGACCAAGCCUGUGCGGUCGAGCGAGCUGGACGGGCUGCUGCAGCAGGUGGAGCGGCGGAAGCUGAUGCUGGAGCAGCGCGAGGAGCAGGAGAGGAAGGCAGAGGAGGAGAGGAAGGGAGAGAAAGGAAACGAGGGGGAAAACAGAGGGGAGGAUGGAGGAGAGAAAGGGGAACAGGAAUGUUUGAGGUGA